AUGGGCUAUGACAAGCGCAGACGAUCGUACACUGCGCCAGUAGACGGCUUCGUUUUCGUUUUAGCCCGGAAGGUUUCGUUCGCUUAGUUUAUUUUAUUUCUCUUUUUCCGUUCGUCAUCCGCGGAAAGGAGGGGACGGGUUUUUGAGACGCGGUGUUGCUUCGACCGGCUGUUUCAACUCGCGAGAGAUUUCCAGUGCAUACUGGUGUUUCGGACCUACGUUGAAACCCAAGGGUCUGAAGUCGUACGCCACGAAACCACCUUCAAAGCCACUCCCGGACGAAAGGCGAGAGUGGUGCUCGCAAAUCGAAGACUUUGUGGACACCGGCGUCGGCAGCCUGGCAACCUUCCACGGCAGCUUUGCAACAACGUUCUGCUUGACGCUAGGGGAGUCAUCUCAGCCGUAAGGAUCCGUCCGAAGCCGCAAGCGAAGCCAAGGGCUCUCUCCGUUUGCUGGCCAUCUGGUCACCACAUUCGCUUCAACAUCGGCCCAGCAAUCGGCGUUGUAUCUUUUUUUCUUAUCCUGCAACUCUGGACAUCGGUACAGCCGAAGCAACCAUCGAGGGUCUACGAUUUCUUUCUGUGUUGACAAUCGAAGACUGCGGAACAAAGGCAUCAGACCGCUCAUUCCGCAAUCAGUGGACCAUACGGGGUAGCUCAGUGGAACGACUGCCGUCAAGCUUUGAGAUAGGAAUCUCGCCAGAGGAUUGUAAACAAUCAAGCAAGACUUCGACAGCACCGUGGCCUGUACACUGGGCCAUUGGAUCAGUACAAAGAGAUAAGAUAACAGCAGAACGUUUAAAGGGGCGAUUAAUCGUGCGCUGAAUAUUUGACCACAGAACUUCGUUCGGCUUUAGGUCUAACCACACCAAGAGGAAAUCCAGUUUCCCGACGACUUAAACGUUGAGUCCCGAGCGAUGCGCGAACGAACAACACUUGCCUAGUGCUACUCAGUUAAUCCGUAGAAGGACUUUGUUAUCUUUGAGGGACCAAAUAGCCGCAGAAGGCUUAACCAGCGAAACCUUGUGUUCUCGGUGCCGCAGCAACGGGAAUUCUAGUGACCUGACGGUUUGGCUUUAACCUUCAGUAGUGGCACGUUGGCAGAGAGCAACUCGACUUUGUUUUUAAUUAUUCCCGUAGAAUCAGAUAAUCGUAGAAAGUCGAGACGUGUGCAGCGAAGGCUUGCCCACAGAACCGUUGGGCCAGUUAACUGCGCUAAAAGAGGGCCUAGCUACCUGACUAAUUAUCUUCAAACUCUAUCAACGCGCUCACUUGAAACCAUUUAGAGACGAAACAAAACAGAAACAGUAAUAGAUUUUAAUGACAUCAACAAUCACACAUUAACUCUAAUCCACUUCGUAUUAUACUACAGACCUCGCUGUAAGCAUAAGCCCAAAUUCAGCACUCCCGCCUUCUUUACGAGGACAUGUAGACACAAAGCUUUGGUCGAACAAAAAGCAAUAACUGCCCACACUAAAACCAAAUUAAACGUACUAACAGAGCACUGCGUUUGUUUGUUUUAUUUCACUCAGGAAAUUAUAAAAGCGCUCAUACUAUCGCGUCAUACUAAAAUACCUCCAUUCGGGACCACUAACCGAGUUCCUCGCGUCGUUGACUAACGCGGUACGAUUUUUCAUAUCGCAGCCAGAAUCUCGUUCAGCUCAAGCAAAGUUACAUAUCUCAAGUAUUCAUUGAUAAUCACGACUCUUUUUAACGAACCGUGAUGUUCGCGAACAGAGUGUAGGAAAAUGACUACACCAAUUUUCGUCGAAAACUUUACAUAACAUACCGACUAGCAACAGCCGAUGCUUAUAGGGCAGUGUUUUAUAGCUCCCCAGAGUAGGUUGCGGCGCGUAUUUUGUGAUACCCAACACAUCCGAAGCUCCGCUUCAUGCUUGCGUGUAAAGGUUGCACCUUAAGCUUAGCGAAGUUAUGAAGUCGAUGUAGAAGACGCGCGCUGACAGUUCAGCCAGAAUUUACAGGGUCUGUAAAGUUGUUAUCGAAGUCUAGCCCAACUUUCGUGGAUCAUCGUAGGACAUAGCCAGACCGCAGAUGUAGACCAUAAUUCUACAAACUAGAGCCUAAGUGACGUGGUAAAGGCAGACGGACGACUGGCCGCAAGGAGAGCAGUGUCGACUGGCCAAAACCGGAUCAACCGAAACGACUCUAAGUGAGAUAAACAUGCAGCAUGAUGUAGCGAAAACUUCAAGGUAGGGAGGUUCGUUAACUUUUUAAUCGAUGCAAUCGCACCAGAUUUAGUUUGUACUUGAAAAGGAGGGGCGGGAAAAACUCCUAGUGUUGUAUUCCGUCAGGAAAGCGCGAGUCCGUGAGUGCGCAGAAAUUCUUAGAAGCCAUACGCAGGGUGGUAAUCCAGAACGCUCGCAAGCGAAUAACUGGACACAUGGCUAGAUUUUCAGCCGCAGUUUAAGUAGCUGAUCUUCGAUUAAAAUAAUAAGCCCGUGAAACAACAGAAGGUUUUGCUGACACUUGAGGAUACAAACACGGCUGAAGAGUCAGCGUGAAAAGAAAGUUCUGGAAUCUCGCCGGGCAGAUAAUCAGUCGCGCCGUUUUUCUGAACUCGGGGAGCAACACCAACAGUUUUAAAAAACCCGGAGCCAAGCAACAAAACAGAACGGUAAAGCCCCACGCCACGCUCGACGAUAUGGCGUUAUGACCUGGAGGAAUGACAUCUUUCGUUCGACAGAGUCGAUGGAAAAUCGUCAGGGUGGCCAGGUACAUUUGCCCAUCGCCCGUCAGUCUUUUCUCGAGACGAAGCUCUAGGACAAUAGCUGCGUGAAAAAAAAAAGGUGCUGCGAAGACCACCUCUGAAAUCACGAGGACCAAUCGCCGCAGCGAGUCCGUGGAGGAUACGUCAUCUACAUCAGACGAGGGAACGCACGAUCAAGAGUGUGAGGAAACUUCAGAAACCACACCUCACUGAACACUUCAGAACACACCAAGACUGAGAAAGCUUCAGGAACCACACCUGCUGAACACGUCAGAACACAUCAAGACUGUGACGAAACUUCAGAAACCUCACCUGACUGUGGUCCACCACGUUAACAGACACCCGUCAGGGAUACUCCGGGAAUCAUAACUUGAAGAAAAAGAAAAAGAAGUCGGAAACGAUGUGGUGAUAGAUCAGGUGUCAGACGAAGCACAACUGCAACCAGUCAUCAAGGAGCUCUCGGGAAAAGACAACCCCUAUACCGAACAAUCGAACGCUUGCCGUUAAGACUGCGAAGUAAGCUCAAAUGGUGAUUGAGUGGGUCCAGGAGUCUGUAUGAGACGAACGCUACACCACUGAAAUACCGAAUGUUUCAGACGUGAGAACAAAGGUACCGGGAGGUGUCGUGGUCGACAAAGAAGGCAGCGCAGGAGAGAAACGUUCCGUCGAAUGGCUCCCGUUCAGACGCGUCACGUCCAGCGCGCCCCGCAUUCGACGUCGCCCAUAGACGUGCACUGCCACAACAUGACCAGGCUCCUGCUGUCCCUGACGGCCAACCUGUCCUCCUCCUCGUCGUCGCCCUCGGCGAACGUGUCCCGGGGUCCAGAGGACGACCUGUGGUCGGCCAACGGAUCCUCGACGUCCGGCACGGGCUCUCCCGCCAUCGACGACCGGGAAUCGGAGGCGAGUCAGCGCCAGGCGCUGCUCUACAUCGUCGUGGUGCUGUUCUUCUACUCGUUCGGCAUCGGUUUCAUGAUGAUACGCUACAUGCGACAGGAGGCCAAGGAACAGGAGGAGUGCAAGAUGUACCGAAGAUACAUCAACGCUGCCCACGAGCAGUACCUGAACGCAACGAACCGAGCAAGGCUGGCCAACAGACUGGCGCUGCAGGCGCUGAACACCGUCAACGCCAUACCGCAGACAACCCACGUCGGCUCCAAGGUGACCUUCGUAUGACGACCGGCCAAGGCCUUCUUCUAGACGUCCCGGUGCACGGACAGGACGUCGGCCUCUGCUUUUCGCCUGCGGCACCACGACGUCGUCUUCUGGAAAAA